AUGUUUGAACAGGAAAUGUUUACUGAUUGUGUUAUUAAAAUUGGGGAUCAAAUUAUAAAUACUCAUCGUUGUAUUUUGGCUCAAAAUAGUGAAGUAUUUUAUAAUAUGUUUAAACAAAAUGGAAUGAUUGAAUCUUUAAAUGUUAGGGCUUUAUUAUUUUUAAGAGAAGUUUUUAUUUCUGACACUUCCCCUGAAUGUUUUCGUUUAAUGGAGAAUCAUGUUGAUGAUAUUUUUGCUGUGGCAAAUAAAUAUCAAGUGGAAUUGUUGAAGCACGAAUGUGAACGAUUUAUGUGUUCGAAAAUUGAUGCCAAAAAUAUUUCUAAAUAUUUUAAUAUUAUUCAAUUAUAUGGAGCUCCGACUUUGGAAAAGGCCUGCAAAACUUAUAUUCAAAACAACAAAAACUUUAUAAAUAGCGAAGAAUGGAAGGAAUUAAGUAAAACAUUCCCUCAACUGGCUCUUCAAUCUUUGGAAUAUGUUAUUAAUGAUUCGAUUAAAAUUUAA